AUGAAUCCCGAGGAGCGCGGUACUCCACCUUCGCAAUCGCCUCAACGCGUUCCCGCGCCCUUUUCGCACGACCGUUUGGCGGAGAUCGUCCACGACCCUCAGAGAGGCCCCAGCCUUUCGUCCAAUCCUUCCGACGUUGACAACGACUGGGUCAGCCCCUUUACUCUGCCUCCGCUGCCUGCCCUCCGCCGCAGUCGCGACCAAACUGGUCUUUUGAAGUCUCCAGAGCAUCUACGCCAAAGAGGUGGAAGUGGUGCAUAUUACGCAGCUGCCUGGGGCUCACCCUACGCGUCACCCAGUCCGGAGUCUGCUUCCAAACGGUUUCGCGACGCCCGGCGUGGUAGUGACAACGACAUAACCUCACCGCCGCGCUACGUUCAGUCUCAGCUCGCUAACACCCAGCCUCGCGCACGUCAUUCACUUGACCUGAGCGACUCGCUUGAAUCGCGUACGCAGGCUCUGCAGGGAGAAUCUGAGAGACCUAACUGGCUGAGCGAUUCAGACGAGAGCGACCGCGAGCGACCCCCUAAGAAUCAGCGCACUCCUACAGCACGUACCGAGCUGGGGAGCUGGGGCCCGUCACCAGACCAGAGUCCGCUGAACUCCUCCCCAAGCAGUCGUCAGACCCACCAGACACACGAGUCGGUCGAUACAGUUACUCCCGAAACCUUCAACGAACCCCAGACUGGUCGCUUCUUGCGGAAGCCCGCGCAGAGCAAGAUGUCACAAGUUGAAGGUCUGCCCGCGGAUAUCUCACCAGACUCUGAGACUCAGAAGCCGCUGCCCGUUGUACCUAGUCACAGCCGACAGGGAAGCGUCGUUACAUCAAAAAUGGAAGCAUCGAAUUCCCCUUCUCGGCCACGGAUGGGUUCGAUCAGCUCUUUUCAGAAGCAGCGAAAGAAGGUUCUGUGGAAAGGGAGGAAUUGCAUUAUUUCGUUGCCCAUGACCGAUCGUGAAUCAUCUGGUCUUCCACCGGUUCUCUCACCACAACAAGUCAAGGAAAGAUUACAAGCCCUUAGAUCCGAAGGCUACAGCACCGAUGGCUUCGAGCUGACCGACACUGAUGGCUCGUCCGCAACAUUGAGCAAUGGUCAGAGUCGUCCUACUUAUCCAGACCCGACAGAAAUGCACGCAGAGCGGCAGAUGAGAUCUUACAAGGUCUACAUUCCCGAUCAAUCUGAGUGGCAGAAAUGGGUCGAAUACCUGCAGGAAGAGAAGCUUCGUGCCUUGGGCGUCACUCCAAGCAACUCUGAACCAGCGCAGUCAGGUCCCUCGCCGUUGUCAGCCUCCCUUUCGCGCAACUCGUCCCGUUUCCCUGGUCCAAUUUCUCCACCAAUUGGUACUUCCUCGGCUGCUAGCAAUUCCGUCAGGGUGACUAGCAAUCCCUUCUCGCCGGCCUUCAGCGCAUCAUCCGGUCGUGGAUCAGCUAUCGGCUCUGGCAAUUCCUCACAGUUGAAUGGGUUCCCUGGCCCCAUGCAUGGCUACAAAGGCUCAGUUGCUUUCCCUCUGGGUCAGGGCCGUAUCACUUCUCCGGUGGACUUCGUCCCUGGCCAAAGUCCAUACAUCCCGAAUGCACGCUCACCUGCUGCUGGACUCAAUAGACAGCCGACGAAUUUCUCACCAGUCAAUCCACAUGGCAUUCAGAGCCUGGAUAAGGUCGUUUUGUCUCCCCUGAAUGGGCCCUCGAACAACCCUCAGCAGUCGGUUCCAAGCAACAGCCAGUCUUACUUCCCUGUUCAACCCACCGGGCUCGCCCACAAGGUUCAAGGGCAAACUCCGUCAAGUCUCAGCCCGCCAAUUUCCUCUCAGCAGUCAAUCAGUCUACCCCGUACACCCAACAUCGAACAACUGUCCCGACCGCCGAUAGAGAUCCAGCACCCUACGCCCAGAAGCCACCGUCAUAAUCUCAGUGCUGCAUUCCAGAAAGAGAUCGAUGACGCCGAGGCCGCGUUGGAGCGCGAGGAUAUGGAAUACGAGGCUCGUGAUAGAAGUGGUGCUGUGGACCAAGAUGCCAAAGAACCAAUACAACCAGAGGAUGAAUCUCACGAGGAGCUGCCUAUUCUCAAGCGACCCGAGACUAUGGGCGGAGCAGACGACCGAUCCGAAAUCGAAACCAAUCCUAGCAUUGCGGGUACACCAAUGCUUCUGGACGACAAGAACCCUUUCAACAAAUGGCAGGUAUUGAGUGAUGCCGCACGUGGCGACCGGCUAGAACCUACCAAAACCCACAAAGCACAAACCUCGCUGUCCAGGUUUAAUGUUGAAGCUAAGGAAUUUAAUCCUACGGGUGGAUUUCGGAGCUCAAACUUCAACUUCAGCGCUAACACUGGCAUUACGCCCUUCGCUGCACCUUUCCAACCUUCUGCACACCCUUUUCAGCCGGCACCUCCGAAGCCUGCUGCGCCUGUAGUCCGGCCGACUCAUGCAUCAAAACCUUCGUUCUCACGCCUGAAUGUCGGAGCUCCUGCGUUUGUACCAGGGUCAAUCAGUGCGGAAGCUCCUGCUUUCGUCCCAGGCGCAUCUGUGAAGCUACCAGAAAAAGCAGCGGAGAAGAGUGCGCCACCAGAGCCAACUCCCUUCAACUUUUCCUCCGUUACCUUCAACGUGGAAGCCCCGGCGUUCAAUCCAGAUGUUCCAUCAUCCGAAGUCUUCAAGUCAUUUUUCAGCUCCAGUACUGGCCCCACACAGGAUUCCAAAACUAGCAUCUUCGGCGACAUUAAAAUUGAACCCGGGACCCAAGCUACUAGGAGAAACAAGGCUUUACCGAUUGUGAGACCAAGGUCCAAGGAUGGUCCAGCGGGUUCUGCCUCACCAGCGGCAGCUGAGCACUCGUCCGCAGAGGAGUCUGAGGGUGAGGACGGUCGGGCAAUGCCGCCAACAGAUCGAGCAAAACGAGCCCGUAAAGUUGGUAGCGAUGGCGAUCGCAGCCCAGUGUAUGCGGAGUCCGCUCCAUUCAACAACAAUUCUCAGAUCCUAAAAGAGAUCGUCAAUGAUGCUGCAGUCCGUGGGGUCACCCCAGAGAAGCUGGACGAGAAGCCGACGGAUGGCUGGUCCUAUAUCGCUGCUGAUCCCGAGAGUAUCGCGCCUAGGGCAAUUACUCCAGCGCAAAAACUGAGAUCCCCCAGAAUGGGGUCGCCUUUCAUGUUCGAGAACGAGUCUGAUGCUGUCAAGUUCAGCGAGUCGCACCCUAGUCCUCACGGGUCAGCGGAACGGGACGCUUUGCUGGAAGAUCUUGCCUCGUCCCCACUCAGCGACAUUCUUCGGUCGCCAGAGCCGGCUCGGGACACAAGUCACAAGCCCAGGUUCUCUCUGUCGGCGCUUGCAGAGCCCUUCGAAUUCAAGCCAUCAAGGCCGGGAGAUGUCGAGGCUCUACCGACUUCAAGCGCUCCCGAAUCCGCCGGAGAAGCUUCCAAGGACUCGUCCCAGCAAGCUCCGCAACCGGCCCCGAAACCGAAAGGAAAGGGUCUCAUGGCUUCUCGCUUUGCUAGCAUGCCUUCAUCAUCACCGCCAAGCUCACCGCCGCCAGCUAUACAGGAGCCAUCAUCGCCUCCGCCCACAUCAGAUUUACCUGUUCCGGAACCGGCCACAGAUGACAUUGCGAAGGAUGUCGAGCUCUCUGAACCGCUGGACGAGACUGCUACAUCCGAUCUGGGCGAACCAGCCGGGACGAUUGAGGCCAGCAGUACAGUUCAAAGCCCUCAGUCCGCCAAGCAUCAGCAGGAAAGUUCAUAUCCGAGUUCCACGGUGGCACCAGAGCUGCACGAUCGCGUUGCUUCCCUGGCCAGUUCCAGAUAUGCGCCGCGCAACGAUCACAAUCUAUCCCUGUCCAGUUCUAGAUAUGCUCCCCAAAAUGACAGCUCGUCUGCCAUGGCAAGUCCUGCCUACAUCCCUGGACGGAAAGAAUUGCCAAGAGUGGAGUUCUCUGACGAAGGCGAUGAUCUCAUGCCGUCCUUUGAGGAAAUAGAUGCUGUCAUGAAACAGUUCGAAACCAAUCCUGAGCUAGGUAUCGAGCGACAUGAUUCUCCUGUGCAGUCUACGCCGUUGGUAGACAUGCGCCUGGGCAAUAACUUCCGCAGCGAUGCACCCAGUCCAAGUCCCAGAAGACUUGACCGACACCCAGACCCCAACAAUGAAGCUGCACAGGCUGCUUCCUUCGGUCUAGGACUUGGUAUCCACAGACUCACUGCUGCCAAGGACGAUGUCAGUGAUUGGAACGAUGCUAUCUCUUCCACUGAAGAGGCCAAGCUGAACUCUCGGGCGCAGUUCUUUGAUGGGCAUGUCAACGAUUUGGUCGAUGGCGUUCUGGAGAACCGGCUGGGUCCGCUGGAGCGCACACUACAGGCCAUUCAACACUCGGUCGCUCUUAUGGCAGUGCGACCAGCUAGCAAGCAAAAGAGCAUCUCAAGCGACCUCAAACAGUCUGACGCUGAUGACGAAGAUGAAUACAACGCCUUUGAAGGCUACAGCGCUUACCGAUCGCGAUCGCCCGACGCGAAGCGCGAUCGCAGAACCAGUAGAAUUCGUGCUGCGGUCGCAGAAGGCAUUGCGCAGUACAAAGAAAGUAUGCCGGCCGCCGUGGCUCCUCCUACCGAUCUCGCUGAAUUGCGAGCCGAACUUGCGGAUAUGCGCGAACUGGUACAACAUUCCUCUAGCAAUGCACAGCUCCAAGCAGAGCUAGCGGAGAUGCGGACGUUGCUCGAGAAAGGCGUUGGCAGUGCUGGCCAGAAGGACCUCAAGGCAACUCUUGAGCAUGUCAUCUCGUCUCAUCCCCGGCUCCGUGGCUCCCGCGUACAGCAGGACCAUGAUUCGAGCACCACCAACGUCAAAUUACAGCUCGAUGGCCUCGAAGCGAUGCUCAAGGUCGAGCAAGAACGUGCAGAACAUGAAGCUCGAUUACGCAAACAAAAGGAAGACGAGGUUCUGGAGCUGCGACGUAAACUUCAGCUGGCGGAAGACGAAGCUGCCGAGCAGCGAGAGGCUUCUGACCAGGCGGAGCAGAAUCUCAAGGCCUUUGUCCAUGAGAAAGAGGCUUACUUGGCAUCGCAGCAGCAGGUUGAGAAGCUCAAUAUGAUCAUCGACGAGCAGGAAGAGAAUCUCAACGAGUACCGUCGGUAUAAGAAAGAUCAUCAAGAAGAUCUCGACCGAGUUAGGCAGAGUAACCGCACGCUCAUCGAGGAUCUUGAAGCUUCACGCACCAAGACAAGAGAAUUGGCACUUACCAUCGAGGAUGAACGGUUGAGGAUAAAGGACCUGACCGACGAUCUUGAAGACGAGCAAAUCAAGAACAAAGAUCUCACACGUACCCUGUGGGAUGUCAGAGAUCAACUCGAGGAGAGGACCAAGGCCUCGCGUGCGCUGCACGUCAAGACUGAUGCGCUCCGUACUGAGGUUACAAAUGCUGUCCGCGAGUUGGGUAAGGAGCAAGCUGACUGGAGACAACGCGAACACGAGCUCCUCACCAAGAUGACGAUCAUCGAGGGAGCGCUCGACUCAGCAACGCGACGACAAGAGAAGGCUGAAGUUGACCACGACUACGUGGCCAAACAGCUCAAAGAUGCCCUUGUCUACAAAGAUCGCUUCGAACAUUUGCAAUCUGAUAUGGCUAAAUCCCAAGAAGCCAUGGCAGCGCUUCGUGCCGAGCGAAUCAAGCACGAGGACAAUGCCUAUCGGCUCGAUCGCGAGCUUGCCCAUGUCAAGGAAAGCAAAGCUGCCGAUAUUGCCACUGCAACAGCCCGUUUACAAGCCGAAGCCGAAGGUGCUCGUUCUCAACUCGAAGGGCUCCGGUCGGACUCGGAAGCCCGCAUUACUCGCCUUCAAGCAAGACUCGAUACUGCAGAGAUCGACAUCGAGGAUCACAAAGCCAAGUACGACAGCGCCAUUACUGAAGCCGAGGAGACUCGGAAGCAAGCUCUUCAGGAACAGGCGGAGAAGCAUGAAGCUGUCCUAGAGGAGCAGCGAUCCAGCCAUGACCGGCAUUUGGCCGACUUGAGAGAACGCCAUACUCGUGCUAUGCAUAAUUCGUCUGAUGACAAGCAUAGACUCGAGCACCAGUUCAAUGAGAGGCUCGCCUUUAGUGACGACAAGGUCAAACAUCUCGAGGGCAAGGUGUCUGAUCUGGAGGAGCGUCUGGAAGUUACGAGAUCCGCGGCGAGAGCGGCUGUCGAAGCUGCAACCGGCAAGACGGUCAAUAAUCUGCCCACUCCAGCCAACUCGGUCGUAGCAUCUCCUCCCCAGCGAGCCCAGAGCGCAUCGCUUUCGCUUGUCAAAGGUACCGAGAUUCCAGAAAAGAUCCCAGUACAAAGUUUGCGCGAGUCGAUCAUGGUUCUACAAGAUCAGCUGCAAAAUCGCGAGCAGCAAAUCGAGAAGCUUGAGGCUGAAAUUGCUGCUGUGGACAAGGAGGCUCCCAACAAGCUUAAGGCGCACGAAACCGAAAACACCUGGCUUAGAGAGCUUCUUGGUGUAAGGAUCGAUGAUAUCGAGGACAUCAUUCAGACCCUAUCCAAGCCAGACUACAACCGAGAGGCCGUCAAGGACGCUGCGAUCCGCCUCAAGACCAACAUCCAAAUGGAACAACAAAUACGUGAGCGUGCCGCCAGCAAUGCUGGAGCCGCACCUGCUCUUCCAUCGUUAUCGUCUUUGGCUAGCUACGCCCAGUCACCUCGAGCUGCGCUUCCAAUGGCCGCCGCCGCAGCCUGGGGUAAUUUCCGCAAGGCAAGAGAUGUUUCUAUGAACACGCUUGGUCAAAUCGCCAACGAUUAUGCCAACACCCCGUCAAAAGCCGGUCGCGGUCGCGCAGUCAGCCCUGCUGGCAGCUGGUCUUCUGGCAUCAUGACUCCGCCCAACACAAUUCAACAGCCUGGUCGGACACCGUCAGCUGACGCCUCAUCAAUGCCGCCGCCAGCGAUGCGACCUCUCGCUGCCGCCGCAGCAGCCCGCAAAGUGGCCACACCUACACCAACACCUGCCAGUGCCUCCCAUGAAGCUCGACCACUCCGGGCGUUCAGCUCGCAACCUAGAGCGCUGCGGACUAAGCUAGAGUCGGUCGAUGGUAGAGACCCUCUAGCCGACGCCGGUGAAGGCAGCAGUCUGCGAAGCCCGAGCCCAGAAUCGCCGACCGCGAUCAAAGGUCGGCAGAACAUCGACCUUGGUGACGACGUCGACGAGGACGCGAGCCCGCUUGACGAACGUGGCGAAUUGAAGCCUUUUGACGAUCUCCCUCCGACUCCUCACGAGAUCGAGGCUGAGGCUGAGCGGGAAAAUGCCGAGUGA